AAUAACGAAGAAAAUCUUUCUCAACUGGAGGAGUUUGAUUCCUUCAUAUCAAAUGAGUCAGAUCAUACUUAUCAUACCGAGGAAUCAAACCAUUAUGCUGAAACAUGGAUAACUAGAAAAUGUAUCAUGUCAAUGCAGGAGGUGGACGUACUCGAAGCGAAUGAAAAAGAAGAAUUGAUAUAUGAUAAUAGCAACUCUUUGCAUGACCGAUUGGCCAUUUCUUGCAUCAAUUACAAUACUGAUGUACCUGAAGUUUAUGCACUUGCACCUACCAUGUUAAUUGAUGAAGAAUAUAGAAGAAUUAAAGAGUGGCGAAUGGUAUAG